GUGUUUCACAACCUUCCCCCAACCCUUUCGGGCUGGCCUUGAACAGCCUUCCAGACUAGGCCCAGUGAGCAGAUUAUAUGAGAAAAGGCUCAUCACGAGUUCAGCAGGAAAGCAUUAGGUCCUUUCCUGUGGUGGUGGUUGAAGCCCUUGUUGGCUGUUCUGCACCAUUCUGUUGACUUAUUUUUUGAGACUGCCUCAACGACGUUGCCUGCGAUAGCCUUGAAUUCCUGGGCUCAAGUGAUCCUCCUGCCUCAGUCUCUGGAGUGGCUGAUCAAAUGAUGUUGUUUGGAAAAAUUUCCCAGCAGUUGUGUGGCUUAAAGAAACUCCCAUGGUCAUGUGACUCCAGGUUCUUCUGGGGAUGGCUGAAUGCAGUGUUCAAUAAAGUGGAUUAUGAACGCAUCAGGGAUGUUGGCCCUGACAGGGCAGCAUCUGAGUGGCUGCUGCGCUGUGGGGCCACAGUGCGCUACCAAGGCCAGGAGAGGUGGCAGAAGGAUUACAACAACCUCCCAACAGGCUCUCUGGACAAAUAUAAGAUUCAAGCAAUCGAUGCCACCGACUCUUGUAUCAUGAACAUUGGAUUUGACUACAUGGAGGGCUUACAGCAUGUUGAAAAAAUAAGGCUGUGCAAGUGUCAUUAUAUUGAAGAUGAAUGUUUGCAGAGGCUUAGUCAACUUGAAAAUUUACAAAACAGCCUAUUGGAAAUGGAAAUAAUUACCUGUGGGAACAUCACAGACAACGGCAUCAUUGCUUUGCAUCAUUUAAGAAACCUCAGGUAUUUGUUGUUACGUGAUCUUCCUGGAGUAAAAGAAAAAGAGAACCUUGUCAAAGUCUUUAAGACAGCACUGCCAUCUAUGGAACUCGAAUUACAGUUAAAGUAAAAUAAUAAUUAUCAGUGUGUCUUAUUUCACUAUAAAGGACCAUUUGAAAUUGUUGAUCUGAAGUAGCAACAAAUAUUCUCUACUCACCAAUAGAAUUGUAAAGAUGUAAUAUAAUAUUUUAGAAUUGGACAGUCUACCAUAUUUAGAAAAUAUUGACACAUGACUCAGUAAAGUUACUGAGUUGGAAGUGAGA